UUAUUACACAUUGUUUACGAAUAAACUAAUCAUGUAGUAAACACACUUCACACUAAUAAAUAAUCGAGUAAAUAAUAAUUUCCGGAAAGUAGAAAUUUAAGUAAUAUACAGUUAGACAUGGUAGAAACAUUGUUUUUGUUUAUUUUGACGAUAGUGAUAACCAGCGCAAGAAACGACAAUAAAGCGUAUUCUGAAGAUGAUGUGUACAUCUCAAAUUCUUCUACAACCUAUAGUAAUAUCCCGACAGAAUGCAACCUAUUUGGUAACGAGUUUGAAGCAGAUUAUCCAGUGCAAAAGAUAAACAUUAACAUCACAGAGAAUGGGACUUACUGGAUUGGUGCAAAAAUAGGAUUCAAACGAAAUAUAAAUCCUUUGGGAGUUCGUAAUGUGUGUAAAAACAACCAAACUGGAACUUUAGAGGAAUGUAACAGGCAUUGUAAAGGCCAGAAGUAUUUUAGCUACAACGAAGAAUCUUGUAGUUGUUUGAAAAGUAACCACUCUGACGUUGGGCUUUCAAAGACUAAAAUAUGUAAACAUUCUGAGAAUGGUCUGUGUUCUGAACACAACUGUGUAGUGUACGAAAGAGAUGUUAUAAACGAAGAUUAUUUGUGCGAUGUAUACUAUUAUGAAUCAAUUAUCAAAGACUGGGUAUUUACAACUAAAAAUUGUUCUGUAAAGUUAAACUUUAUAUGCGAUGGAGAUAAAUUUUCAUCCGAUGCAAUGAAAACUUCAUGGCUGGUAGCAGAGCAAACAUGUUCAAAAAAGGGCAAACACUUGUUACAGAUGACAAAAAUACCUGGAAAUGAAUUCAAAGACGGAACCAGUUAUUGGGUAUCAUUUUUUCGUCGAAAAAAGAUUUCUUGGGGAAAAGGUGGCGACAAAGAUGUAUGUGCUGCCUUAACAAUUUUUCAAAACGGAUCAGUAUCUUUGGUGUCAAGGUUUUGUACAGACCAAUUAGCUUCAUUGUGUUACACACAUAAACUUCACAGAGAUCAUCAGAAUACCUCAGGAAAUGACGAUUCGUCGCCAUUAGGGUUAAUAGUUGGCUGUUUUCUUGGUGUUUUAGCUGUAAUUGCCAUGGUUAUACUUUUCAUCAUUUUUAAACGCAGAAAUGUGAAAAAAAGAAAAUUGAAGUACCUUGAAUCAGUCAUUAGAGACCACGACACUGAAUACACUGAAUAUGAUAAUCCUAUGGAGGAUAAUUCAGAUCAUAUGUAUAAAAGCACUGAUGUCACUAAACCUAGCUACUCUGACUAUUCGUUAGCUGUAACAUACAGCGACCCUAUCAACAAUGUAUUACCUAAAAAUAUCAAAUCUAUACCAGAAACAGAAUAUGAAAGUAUAGCAAUGACGCCACCAAAGACAAAACAUAUUUACCCUGUAGAAAAUCCAUACCAAAGCCCUUAUUCAUAAUCAGAUUUUUAAUUUGAUGGAUUUGACGUAACCUACAUUUUCUUGGCGUUUGUUCAUAUUUUGAAAUUUACAUUGUGUAUGCUUUUUAUCGAUCUCAACAAACUAAUUAUAGUCUAUAGCACUUUGUUUAAUUGUUAAAAAUAAUGUUCAAUUUAAUUACGCAGUGUGUUUAAUAACUACUGCCUGCUUUUCAAUAGGUACUAUGUCAUCUGUUAUGCCGCUUCUGAAAUUUUUAUCAGCACAAUCAUUCUAUUAAAAAAGCAAACACAUUUUCCCAGCAAAAAAGAACUGUCCAAUCCUUUUAUUAUAAUUCCCUAAAGAAUCUGCAUAUUUUGAUUUAGAAAGAUGAAACGUUAUAACAAAAGUCCAGUUUAAAUUAAAAAAAAAACUUCUGUUUUUUUUAGCAUACCUGUUUAGUAUAGUUGAAAUCAAAUGAUAACCUUAAACUAUAGCCUAAACAGAAAAGGACAUUACAUUCAAGCUGGAUACAGUUCUGAAUUUGGAUUGUGAUUAAAUAGUUGAAACAGCAAAGGUUUCUGACACAGAACAAAUGUGGUCUAAUGAACUUUAAUUUUAGCUUGUGAGCAAUUCACUAUGCUGUUGAAUAUUAAGACCCUAAAAAAAUAUUUGAAGAAGUUUCUUUUAUAAUUUCUGAAAUCAGAAAAGAGAAAAAUUGUAUCCCCCCAUUUUUCACCUUUCUCUUUCCCGUAUUCUAAAGUUAAUCUCAAUUCAAAUUUCUAAUGUAGUGGAAACAAUUACUACUAAUUUAAAUACAUCAUAAGAUAUUGAAAUAAAACUAGGGGCCCUAAAGAGCCUGUGUCGCUCACCUUGGUAUAUGUGAAUAUCAAACAAAGGAAGCAGAUGGAUUCAUGACAAAAAUUGUGUUUUGAUGAUGUUGAUGUGUUUGUAAAUCUUACAAUCUUGCUGCUUACAAUUAUCUCUAUCUAUAAUGAACUUGGCCCAGUAGUAUCAGUAUAAAUGUUAAUAAAAA